AUUAUAGAGCAUCUGCGCUCGUCUUGGCAAAUCCCUCUCAGCCUCGUUUGCGCUUCCCCCCUCCGAGGGGGGAUAUCACUUUCUUGAAAGAAUCUACUCACUUGGCUGGCCGAUGUACAGCUUCAUGUCUUCCUCGCCAUGGCUCACGUACGUUUCACGGGCAAGCCGAUGGUAGCUUGCAUCCUCAUCACCAUCUUUGCUCUUGCUCUAUGGUCAUUCCACUCUCCGCGCGAUCUUACUUCCGUAAAUGUGGCUCCCCACGGGUCUUCCGACUCUCCUCCUCCGACGUUAGACUUUGACUCGAAAAUACACGCGAACGAUCACUCGUUCUCCUCCGAGCAAUGCGAUGCGGCCUUUCCAGAACUGUAUGACCCCAUAACGGCUGCGGUGAGGAGAAGGAACGGCAGUCGAAUACGACUGGAAGACAUUGCGAUAAAUGAAGGCAGAUGCAUGUUACGAAUACUCGUAUACGAUAAUGAGGUUUUCGUCGUAGACAAGUGGGAUCCAGAAGGCUGCUAUAUUUAUGGAUUCAAGGAGCGCGCAAUUGCUACAUUGUCCUUGAUACAACGCGCUGUUAUGUCCGCGCCGCCCAAGAGUGUUCCGAACGCUGAAUUCGCUGUAUCGCUUGACGAUCUCCCACUGCGAAGCAAGAAUGACGCGGUGAUGUUUGCACUCACCCGGCAGGAGACGGAGGAGUACAAAGACGUCUGGUUGAUACCUGACUUCGGAUAUUGGUCUUGGAUUCUUACCCGAGUUCCGAGCUACCAGCGUAUGCGCCAAUGGUUGUUCGAUGCCGAAGUGGACGCUCCUUUCAUUAACAAGAUGGACAAAGCGGUAUGGCGAGGAAAUCUCCGAAUGAGUGGCAUUCGAUACGCUUUGAGAGACAUAGCUGCGGGCAAGGAAUGGAGUGAUAUCGAGGAUGUGGACGUCGCCAGCGACGACCCUGACUACGAUUCGUCCAAACGUCUUACAAUCGAGGAUAUGUGCAAGUACAAAUUCGCAAUCCACACCGAGGGAACUUCGUAUUCGGGACGAUUGAAAUUUUUACAAGCUUGCAAAUCUGUCGUGGUCGCACAUCCUUUGACCUGGCAAGAGUUCCAUACACAUCUACUGAUAGCUUCUGGCAAGAACCAGAAUUAUGUUCGAGUUGAAGAAAACUGGUCGACACUCGAUCGGGACAUAACACACCUAAUCGAUAAUCCCUUAGAGGCUGAGGCCAUAGCAACACGAAGCUUCGAGAGGUUUGGUGGGAGAUAUCUCACUCCAGCAGCGAUUUCAUGCUACUGGCGUCGUCUUUUACGAGAAUGGGCCACCAUUCAAGACUUCGAGCCUGAGCUAUACAAGGUUGAAGAUGGGAAAAAAGUGCUGCGAGGCGUCCCAUAUAGCGAGAUUGUCGUCAAAUUCUGACCAUCUCGACAACGAUAGUCUAGAAUUUUUGACCAGGCAUGACAUCUAGCGAGGAGUUUGGAGUUUGAGUUUACUACAGAUGUACGAAAAUCACUGUCUUAUUGUAUGACGUAGCUGUACAUACCAAGGAGGUCCAACAAAAGGGUCAGACCUCUAGCGUUGUUGGACAUAACGCAACAUUUAUCCGUUCGAACUCAACAGGAUUUGCCUA